CACAGUACCAGCGUACAUCUCAGUCGUUGUACCCGAGAGAGGACUGAUGAGCCAAGUUCAGAGCAGUCUGAUGACAAACAUUCAAGGCAGCAGGUUAAAACAUCGCUCAUUGUUGUUGCGCUAAACCGGCACCAUUUAUUUGAAGAUGAGUGUAAUCGUUUUGUCUUCUGAAACAUUACUAAGGCAUGCGGUCGCGUUUGUUUGUUAGAGUUGAGAACCGUGCUGUUGUCCAUUUGUAGCGAUCGUUGGCUUUCCACUUUGAGUUUCCGUGGCUUGAUUAGAUUGUGUAAGGAAAUUGAUAGGUUUCCCUACCUAUAUCUAAAACAUAGUUUCACUGAACUGACGCAAUGAUUCCCGAAAGUCCCCGGACCAGUGAGACAAGGAGCCGGACGCGUUGCCACUUCGGCCAGGCAGCCGAACCGAAUCAGAACCGCUGUGGGCUACUCUCCGAGAUCAAAACUCCUAUUAAGAAUGAACCUUUCACUGACCACUACAACAUUAUCCCCGGGAAGGAACUUGGCAGGGGCAAGUUUGCGGUGGUGAGGAAGUGUGUGGAGAAGUGCACGGGCCGGGAGUACGCCGCCAAGUUCCUGAGGAAGAGGAGGAAGGGGCAGGACUGCCGGACAGAGAUCAUCCAUGAGAUAGGCGUUCUGGAGAUGGCCACCAGCAGCUCCAGGGUGGUCAACCUCCACCAGGUCUACGAGAUGCCAUCUGAGAUGGUGUUGGUCCUUGAGUUGUAAGUCUCCACAUACACA